AUAAAAACAUGGCAACCUCCAUAACAAUGUUUUCUGCUUUCUUGAUUUUGUUGUCAGUUACAUGCAUUAAUGGAUUUUCUGGCGACCCUGUCAAUCCUCCUGCGUUUGUUGUUAAUCUUGAUCUACCUGAAGAGCAAAGAUGGACAGAGGUGGCUCUGAAAUACAAACAACUUGUACCAGAUAUUUACGCUAUAAUGAAACAAUUUCUACCCGAUCCAACCAUCAGUUUACCACUUAUCAGGAAAAUAGCUGCGGAUGUCGACAAAUAUCUAGCGAAACCGUAUGCUGGUGAAAUGAGAGGUAUCGCCAAAACACUGAACAUGAGCCUUGGGGAUGUGGUAACGUGCAAUUUGUUGUAUGAUAUUUCUGCGUUUUGUACUAGUAUAGUCAUGCAGGAUGCUAAUGGUACAAUAUGGCAUGCCAGAAACCUAGACUACAGUUUCACUGAGAUACUGAGAAAUAUUUCGAUUAGAGUAGACUACCAGAAAGGAGGAAAGACAGCCUAUACAGGGAUUACCUACGCUGGCUAUGUUGGGCUUGUAACUGGCCAAAGACCAAAUGCAUUUACUAUGACAAUGGACGAAAGAGACCAGGGAGCAUGGUGGAUGAAUAUUUUAAUCGCCAUUUUAGACAGAAAUGCCAGCCCUGUCAGUUUUCUCCUGAGAGAUACAUUAGCAAUGUCUGAAAAUUUCACAUCCGCACUUGAAAAAGUUGCCUACACAACAACAGCUGCUUCGUUUUACACGAUUAUGGGAGGCGUUCGCGUAGGAGAAGGGGCAGUCAUAACUAAAGGGAGAGUUGGUCCAAUAGAUAUAUGGAAACUGGAUGCCAAAUCAGGAAGAUGGUAUGAAGUUGAAACAAAUUAUGACCACUGGGCACCACCUCCAGCAGGUGAUGACAGAAGGGAUCCUGCAAUAAAAGCAAUGAAUUCCAUGGGUCAGAAAAGUAUAUCAAAGAAAUCACUUUUCAACGUGAUGUCAACACCACCUGUUAUGAAUAACAAAACUACAUAUACGGUUGUAAUGUCAGCAGCACAGCCAGAUAUAAUGGAGGCCUGGAUUAGAAAUCCGUAGAGAACUCAUGUCAAAUAUGUUUGAUGAACAGUCUGUGAUAGAAACAUAUACUCAUUGGUUGUUUGUUAAUAAAAAUCAAUAUUAAAUCGCAUAAUAUGUUGAUUCAUGAGGGUCUGGAUAAGGUUUACAGAAUAUAGAAUAAAGGACAAAAAAUUUAAGAAUAAAUAAAAACAGAAAAAAAAGAAUAGUAAAAAAGGCUAAAAAAAUUAGGAAAACAUACAUGCAGACCCCAUCCGGACCCUCAACCAUGACAAUUGUACAACUGAAUAAAAAUCAGUUUUAAUAUUAUUUACUUUUGACAUGUUCACAGCGAAAUCAAUUCCACAUGCAGGUUUUCUAGCUUCAUGAUAAUAACAUUAAACACGGUUUUCAUUGAUGCAGAAAUUCAUGUACUCUUACUUAUGAUAAAACAGCAUUAUCAUGUAAACUUGUGUCAUGUUUUGGAAGCUUGAAUCAUUAUCACCCACUUCUAAUAGCGGGGGUAUGCAUAAUUUGUAAUCUUAUCAUAACCCCUAUGUUUUACAUGCACGGGGAUUACUUUGCAAACUGUAAAUUCAGAAUCAUUUGCGAUGUUUUUAUUAUUGCCAAAAAGUGAUGAAUUAGUACUACAUUCGUUAUUAAAAGCUUAAUUUCAAAUUUUGACUUCAUUGUAUUUCCUGAAACUGCACCAACUAGUCCUGCAUUUUUAUCCUGCUAAUGAUCACCAAUCGCAAUAAUAAAUACAUGCAAUAUUUCAGUUCCAUUAUUUUCAACAUGGUAGUUGUAUUACAUUUAAUUUCUCUUACAUAUAUAGCUUCUCUUUACUUAAUAAACUGCAGAAGGAAUUCUAAUCAUAUUACAUAAAGGAUUCAGUUUACAUUUAAAAGCAUAUACAUGUAUUAUAUUUGAAAUACAUUAUUUUAUAACUGCAAGUGAAUUGAACAUUAAUUUAUACCAUUAUGGUACAUACUAAUUAAGAUUUUGCUAUGAAAUUCGUUUGUAUUUCUAUUCUUAGUGUUGUGAAAUGAUAAAUUGUUCAAAAUAAUAUAGACAGUCACUGAUUUUUCAAAGACCAUUAUUAUAAUAAUAUACUUGUUGAUACAAUUUAGAUUUUUUUCUUUAUGAAAUAAAUACAAUUAAUGUUUUGGUUA